GAGAGACUGAGGCUGAUCUGAGAUCAGGAGAGAGAGAGACAUCAAUGCUGCCGGACCACAUUCCUCCGGACAGGAACAACUGCAGAAUUCCUGCGUGAGACGCUUCAUUCGUGUCCGGAGGGCGAGAGAGAGCACACACACCAUCAUGCACAGGAAAGCGACGUAUCAGCGGAUAGGCAGCAUGAGUUUGUCUCCCUCUGCUCCGGAGCGCUGUGUGUCCCGGGAAUCCAUGGAGGACUACUGGAGUGAGAUGAAGAACAUCGAGGAGGAGCGUCAGGAAAGACCGGAGGAGCUGAUGGAGCGGGCCAGCGGGGACGAGGCGGAGCUUGAGGAGGCGUGGCUGCAGGAGGCGGGGCUCUCUACACUGGUGACAGGAACACAGAGCGACGGUCCGGCGGAGGCUCUUCUCUCCACGCUCACACGCUCACAGGCCGCUAUGGUGAAGAAACGGCUGGAUAACUACACGCAGACGCUGCGCAAGAGGAACAGGCAGCCCAUGAGACACGUGCGAGACGUCUUCUCCACACCCGACGCCUCGUCUGAACUGACGCCUCCGAUUUCUCCAAACGGACAGAUCGCUCCUAAACAGCCGCAGUGGAAUCCACCUAAAGUGCCUCCGUCAUGUCCAGCGGACACUAACGGCUCCAGCAGCGCUUCAGAGACCAUCCUUCUGUCGUUUGACGUGGCGUAUUCAGAAGAAGCUCGAGCUCAUCGGAAAGGCCGUGAAUGCCAAGACUGCAGGAGGAUCCGUAAAGACGACAGAGAUUUACCGAGAUUCCAGAUCAUGAGGCCCAGACAGGGUGUGACGCUAGUGAGCGAUCUGUCGUCUGAGGACCUCAAGAAGAUCGGCUACAUCUCCCUGAUCGAGCUGACCACCUUCUACGACUUCCUGGGCAUCGAGAUGAAGAGGAGCCGCGUGGUGCGCAGUAAAGCACGAGACAGCGGCAUAUUCGGCGUUCCUCUCACUACGUUGCUGGAAAACGACCAGAAGAAAUACCCCGGUUCCAGAGUUCCUCUGGUUUUCAAGAAGUUGUUGUCUAAACUGGAGCAGACGGGCUUACAGACGGAGGGGAUUCUCAGGGUUCCAGGAUCAGCGUCCAGAGUGAAGCAUCUGCGUCAGGAGCUGGAGCUGAAGUUCUACGAGGAUCGUUUCGACUGGGAUCAGGUGCGUCAGAACGACGCGGCCGGUCUGUUGAAGAUGUUCAUCCGCGAGCUGCCGUGUCCUCUGCUGACCCAACAGCACCUGCCGGCGUUCACAGCCGCUCAGAGUAUCUCAUCACUCAAACAUCAGAUCCAAGCUCUUCAUCUUCUCAUUUUGCUGCUUCCUGAAGCCAACAGAGACACACUGAAGGCUCUUCUGGAGUUCCUCAGAAAGGUGGUGGCGUACGAGGAGAAGAACCGCAUGAGUCUGUGGAACGUCUCUAUGAUCGUGGCACCGAACCUCUUCACGUUCCGCGGGAAGAACGUCAAGCAGGAGGAGAUGCAUGGUGCGGUCGCUUCGGCCCAGCUCGUGCGGCUCCUCAUUACCCAUCAGGACCUGCUGUGGACGGUCCCAUGUUUUCUGAUCUCCCAGGUCAGGAAAAUGAACGAAGCCGCCACGGGCAAGAAAACACCGACUUCAGAGAAGAGCAAGCUCAGGCUGCUGAAGAGAUGGAACAUGGAUAAGGAGCGCGAGCGCGGUGAAGUCACGGACCUUCGUGACGGCGUCAUCAGAGUUCACGCGCCGCUCCACGCCAAGGUUUCCAUGGCGAUUCAACUGAACGCCGAGAUGAAGGCCAGAGACAUAAUGGCGCGCUUCGACGUCGAGAACGGGCGCGGGUCACGUGGUGCCACUCGAAGACAGAGACAGUAUCUGUUCGAGAUCGGAGGAAACAUCGGCGAGCGCUGCCUGGAUCCAGAAGCACAUUUACUAGACGUUUACCGCGUUAACCCUCACUGUCAAUGGGUGUUAAAGUCACGGCUGACCUGAAGACGUAUGUUUACCGCAGAAGACCAUCAGCUGCUCUGAGGCUCUCGGUCGGAGGUCAGAGGUCAAACAUCCGCCGCUGCGGUUCAAUGCUGGUCAUUGUGUUUGUUUGGUGCCAAAACUGUGAGACCUCCUCGAUCAGAAGCCCUCGUCAGGACGCAUGUUUCAUUGCUUUACACCACUAGCCUGUGUAAAAAAAGAGCAUGUACAUAAUAUUUAUACCACUAAUUUAUCCCGCUGUAUGAUAAUGAUUUUAUAUUGUUUAUAUAUGCUGCAUGUUUGUGAUGAAGCCAUGUGAACCUAAACACUACGAACCCUCACUGAACCUGUGAUGAACACGAGCGCCUCAUAUUUCACCCAGAAAUCACCAGAAUCAAGUCCAUAGAGCUGUUUUUGACAUUUGUGACA